AUGUUCCCCCUGGCGGUGAGGGUACUUCUGGGGGGAAAAGGUUUUAGCACCGGUGUAUCCUAUAUGUACUCCAGUUUAUUCGAAGUAUCCCAAUGGUGUAAGUUCGUCGACUUAUUGGGAAAAAGGAGGAAAAUCACUUUGAUCUCGUCUUUCGGAGAAAUAAGUGGCUCACGAGGAAUGGAAAAAAACAUAUUCUAUUUGAUCUCAAAGUCCUCAUAUAGCACUUCUUCUAAUCCUGGAUGGGGGAUCACUUGUAGGAAUGACAUAAUGCUAAUCCAUGUUCCACACGGACAAGGAAGCAUUGUUUUUUAAUUU